GCGGAAGGAUGGCCAAAAUCGUUUCCUCACUGUUGAUCAUCGUCCUGCUCAUCGGCCUUCUGGUGUUCCUGGCACACAGGAGGUGGGGACAUAAACUUCAGCGACCCCGGGAACAGGUCUUCACUCCUCUCAUCAGGACCAGACCAGGGGUGAGCACGGAGGUGCGGGUGUCUAAGCUGCUGGACGCGAUGGUGAAGAUGCAGCUCUUCAAUGACAACAGUGACGAUGAAGAUGGAGAUGACGGGAUGACAAUGGAAUAUCGGAACCUGUCCAACUACCCUCUGCAUUCCUGCAGCGUGGGCCAGGACCCGCACAACGCCAGCAAGAGCCGCUAUCACACCAUACUACCAUAUGACAACUCGCGUGUGGUGCUGAGGGACGGCAACAGUUGUGACGGAUUCAUCAACGCCAGCUACAUCGACGGCUACAGGAAGCCGAAUUAUUACAUUGCCACUCAAGGGCCACUGGCAGAGACAGUCGCUGACUUCUGGAGCAUGGUGUGGCAAGAACACUGCAACCUCAUCGUCAUGUUGACCAGGCUCAACGAGCAGGGCAAGCCCAAGUGUGAGCGCUACUGUCCAAAGCGGGGGAGCGAGACCUUCGGCCAGUUCACCGUGACCAGAGUCAGCGAGACCAGUCCCGCCACACAGGAGUUCACCAGCAGCACCCUGCGGCUACAAAAGGUGGAUGCGGUGGACGGCAGCUCCCGGGAGGUGCAGCAUCUGCACUACCUGCAGUGGCCAGACCACGGUGUCCCCAGCAACACUAUCAGCAUCUACCGCAUGCUCAAGCACAUCCACCAGAGCAGCCACAACACCAGGCACAUGCUGGUGCACUGCAGUGCGUUAGGGGGAGUGGUGUGGAGGCAGGGACGGGGGAGGGACAGGAUCCGAUUGUGGAGGUCUCCAGUGUGGAAGUCCCCAUUGUGGAGGCCCCAAUAUGGUGCCCAGAAUAGAGAUUCCCAGCGUGGAGGUCCCCAGCUUGGAGGUGCCCAGUUUGGCGGUCCCCAGUGUGGAGGUGCCCAGUGUGGAGGUGCCCAGUGUGGAGGUGCCCAGUGUGGAGGUGCCCAGUGUGGAGGUGCCCAGUGUGAAGUUCCCCAGUGUGGAGGUGCCCAGUGUGGAGGUGCCCAGUGUGGAGGUCCCCAGUGUGGAGGUGCCCAGUGUGGAGGUGCCCAGCGUGAAGGUCUCUCUAUGCAGGUGAUGACGCGGGUCUCUGAUCAUUGGCAGUGCCGGUGUGGGGCGGACAGGAACCUUCAUCGCCAUCGACUACCUGCUGAAGAUGGCGGAGGAGGAGGGAAAGUUGGACGUGUUCCGCUGCGUGGACCACAUGAGAGGACAGAGAUCUGGCAUGGUGCAGACACAGGAGCAGUACCGUUUCAUCUACCAGGUGUUGUUGGACGUGCAGGAGUUUGGGGACACGGCCAUAGCAGUGGAACACUUCCCAGACUGUGUGAGCAGCCUGCUGACGGGGGAACAAGGACUGCCCAGCGUCGGCUGCAAACGCGAGUUUGAGGUAGGACUGGUGCCACCCACACACGCCCGUGUGUCUGUGUGUGUGUGUGUGUAUCUGUGUGCGUCUGUGCGUGUGUCCGUCUGUCUGUGUGUGUGUGUCUCUGUGUGUCUGUGUAUCUGUGAGUGUGUCUGUGUGUGUGUCUCUGUGUGUCUGUGUAUCUGUGAGUGUGUCUGUGCGUGUGUCUGUCUGUGUGUGUGUCUCUGUUUAUCUGUGUGUCUCUCUGUGUCUGUGUGUGCAUCCGUGUGUGUCUCUGUUUGGCUGCGUGUGUGUCUGCGUGUGUGUCUGCGUGUGUGUCUGCGUGUGUGUCUGCGUGUGUGUCUCUGUAUGUGUCUCUGUGUGUGUCUCUGUGUGUGUCGGUGUGUGGCUCACUGUGUGUGUCUGUGUGUGUGUCUCUGUGUGUGUCUCUGUGUGUGUCUCUGUGUGUGCCUGUGUGUGUGUGUGUCGGUGUGUGGCUCACGGUGUGUGGCUCACUGUGUGUGUCUGUGUGUGUCUGUGUGUGUCUGUGUGUGUGUGUCUGUGUGUGUGUCUGUGUGUCUGUGUGUCUGUGUGUGUGUGUGUGUGUGUGUGUGUGUGUGUGUCUGUGUCACUGUGUAUGUCUGUCUGUGUGUGUGUCAUUGAUUCCCUUGAUUCCACUAGCCCCUAGAGCUCUAUCUAGCUCUCUCUUAAAUCCAUCCAGUGACUUGGCCUCCACUGCCCUCUGUGGCAGGGAAUUCCAUACAUUCACAACUCUCUGGGUGAAAACG